AUGAAUCAACGAGAGAAGUUUAACGAAUUAAAUGAAUUAGAAGCUGAUCGCAUCCAAGAUGGCUUGGAUAACCCCGAUACUUCUAUAUGGUCAUUAACUCACGCCAUGAAGCGAGUCAAUCGUGGCAGAAAUAGGUAUUCGAAUGUAUUUCCCUGGAAUGAAACCAGAGUGGUAUUGCCUGUCAAAGAUGAUAAAGAAUUUUCUGAUUAUAUUAAUGCAUCACGGAUAAAGUUGUCGUUGAGUGAUGAAGGUGCAUUCGAUGAAUACAUUGCCUGUCAAGGUCCUCUUGAAAGCACAUACAAUCACUUUUGGUCCAUGUGCUUUAAUGAAUCAGAAGUUCAGAAUAAUGAUACAGUUGUAAUAGUGAUGGUUACACCCUUGACUGAAAAUGGAGUAGUUAAAUGUGCGAGAUAUUGGCCAGAAUUGAACCAAACCUGGGAUUUCUCCACUGAUAAUAUCGAAGAUGGUAUAAACGUCCCCAAUUUAGUCAUAACUAACAAGUCAGAAACGUUUGAUUCCAAUGAAGAUUUCAUAAUAACCGAAUUAGAACUCAAAUCAAAUGACAAAAUCAAGACAGUAUACCAUUAUUACUACUUCAAAUGGGUAGAUGCUAAGGUGCCACCUUCGAUAGAACCCUUGUUCAAAAUAUCCCAAGAUAUAAGUUCAAUAAGAUCAACUAUGGAAACCCCCCCGGUUCCAAUUGUGCAUUGUUCAGCAGGAGUGGGUCGUUCAGGAACGUUUAUUGCAUUUGACCAUUUGUUUGGUCGCAAUCUAGAUGAAUUUAUUGACUUAGUUAGAAAGAAACAACCAUAUCAGUAUGAUAUUGUGUAUAAAACAGUUUACCAAUUAAGAAGUCAACGCAUGAUGAUGGUACAAACUAUUCACCAAUACAAUUUCUUGUAUGAAGUGGCCAAAAUGGUAUUUAAUGAAAAUGUAAAUAGAUUAGACUAA